AUGGCAGAAGGCGAACACCGAGUGCGAGAGGCCGAGGACCAUGCAUCGUCUGGAGAUACCACCGCCGAGCCCGUCGAGGCCUUCCCGGCCAUGCCAGCCUUCCCCUCCGACGGCCUGCCACUCGACCGCAAUGCCGUAGAUACGAAAAGCGACAUCAGAGUCUCGCACAUUCCUAUGCCACCAUUGCCCAGCGUCUCUGCGAGCGCACCUCCUACCUCGACACUUCCUACCAUCCCCGGCGGUCACUCCGACGAAGAGCAAUCGUCAGAUGCCUCCUCGACGCACAGCAAGCCGGAGCUGCAAGAGUCCUCCAACUCUUCCUCCAUAUCCGAACCUGCGACCGCCGUCGAGAAGAAGGAUGCCGAACACAAGGAGGGCGCAGAGCAGAAGACACGGGCGAGAGCCGGGUCUAGUUCCGCAUCCAUGAGGAAGAAUCAGAGCCACGAUAAUGUUAGGAGGUUGUCUGUGGCGGGAAUGCAGCAGCUGCAGGAUCCAGAAGCUCUGCCCGUUGCCGUUGUUGCAGACGGCGCAGCAAGCGAUGGGGACCGGCCGGCGCACAUAUCAGAGCAGCUGCAAGCGAUUCGGCAGUCGAUCCUGAGCCAACCGGACACCCUCCGGCGCAAUGGGCCGGUGACGGACGGUGGCAGCAGGUCGCGACAUCACGAUGAAUGGCGCCGCCCGACCUCUGGAAGGACCUUAUCUACGCCCCCGACGAACCGAAGACAGUCUCAGUCUCAAACAACCUCUCCUCGCCGGAAUUCCUUCUACACCGUUGCUCGGCCGCCACCCCUGAAUCUCGAGGCGGCAACCCACUUCAACGCUAUCAGCCCUCUGCCUCCCCCGACGCAGACGACGAGCCAGCCCAAAUUACCUCAGAUCCAAUCAUAUGCCGUCAAGUGGGAAAGACUCAAAAAUGUUCUCUUGCUGCCGUCAUUCCUCGAACGGACCCUCUAUUUCGGGGCCCUGGCCUGUCUCGAUGCCUGGCUUUACAAUUUCACCAUUCUACCCAUGAGGUUCUGCAUUGCCUUGGGCGUUUUGGUCAAGUGGUGGGGCUAUCUCGCGGCGAAGGAAGCGCGCUGGAUGAUCGGAUACGUCUGGCAUGGACUGGGUAGAGUAUGGGCUAGAGCCCGACGACCCAGGUCCAGAGCUACCUCCUCGGCCCAGCAUGAAGACCCCGAUCACCUUGUCAGCCGUGACAGGAGCCAGAGCCGACCUGCGCACCGGGGCACGCCUUUGGUAACCCCAGAUAUUAGAUCCUCAAGCGACGUUCCCACAAUCAACAUCGAUUCGGAGACAAACGGCAAUCAAAUUGUCGAGCAAGAAGUAAAGAUGAAUGGUAACGGGCAUGGAGUCAGUUAUAAGAUAAAUGGCUCUGCCGGUCACCAUCCAACGCACAUGUCCGGACAUCGACAGGCUCGUCAUAGAAGGACGAAGUCGAUCCCAUCCAACUUGUCCUCAUUCCACAAGGCCGAUCUACUACAGGGAGCCGUAAUACUGUGCAGUUCUCUGUUUCUCAUGAAGUUGGACGCCAGUCGGAUGUAUCAUUUCAUUCGAGCGCAGGAUGGCAUCAAGCUCUAUGUCAUUUACAACGUCCUCGAGGUCGGCGAUCGCCUGCUUUCCGCCCUCGGGCAGGACAUUUUCGAGUGCCUGUUCAGUUCCGAGACUCUAUCAAGGAACAGCUCCGGUCGCUCCAAAGUCCUCCUGCCCAUGGGCAUGUUUGUUCUGGCCCUCGUUUACAACGUCAUCCACUCCGUCUCUCUGUACUAUCAGGUCAUUACGCUGAACGUGGCUGUCAACUCAUACUCCAACGCACUCUUGACCUUGAUGAUCUCGAACCAGUUCGUCGAGAUCAAGAGCACUGUGUUCAAGCGGUUUGAGAAGGACAACCUCUUCCAGUUGACGUGUGCCGACAUUGUGGAGCGGUUCCAGCUUUGGAUCAUGCUGCUGAUCAUCGGCAUGCGUAACAUAGUCGAAGUUGGCGGCCUGUCUGUGCCUGGCGCUGGUUCCGAGAGUGGCAGCGAUAUGGGUGGAGGCGCCAUGCCUCUCCACAGCCCGUCCAUCCUGCCCUUCAGCUUCACGGUGCUGCCAUCCUGGGUGUGGUCUGGCGAGGUCCUGUCCCCCUUCUUGAUUGUCAUUGGCAGCGAGAUGCUGGUGGACACUAUCAAGCAUGCCUACGUGAAUAAGUUCAACAACAUCAAGCCAACGUUCUACAGCCGUAUCCUCGAUAUCCUGUGCAAGGACUACUACACAAAUGCCUUUGUCACGCCUUCGUUGACUCGACGACUGGGCCUUGCUGUCAUCCCCCUUUCGUGUCUCUUCAUCCGGGCAUCGGUACAGACAUAUCACAUGUUCCUGUCAACAAGAAUUCCUACUCCACUCCCGGAGUCAACGCAGACAUCGCUUUCUGUCGAAUCUGCGACGCCAUCCUCGCCAGUGAUGGUCGCGGCUCUCGACCGCCUCGACACACUACUGCGCGACGCCCUGGGGCGCGCCGUCUACGGCUACCCGUACGCAUCUCCCGGCGUCAAGGCCCGCUCGUGGUGGUCCUGGACCAGCGACGACGUCAUCGCGGCAGUGACAAUGAUCGUCGUCUUCUUCAUCGCCUUCCUCGUCCUUCUCGUCAUUAAACUCCUGUUGGGUAUGAUCCUCCUGCGGUACUCUCGCAACCGUUACGCCAAGAUGAAGCGUAAGGAGCACUUGGUGGCAACGGGUCAAGAGGAGCGCGAGUCUUACGAUACCAAGGGCAAGCGUGUGGGCGGAUACGGCCAUAUCGAGGUGACGGAGGACAGGCGCAGGUGGAUUCAUGCGGACGAGAAGGAGGGAUUGAAGGGUGGCAAGGGACGUGUGCAAAAGGCAGAGAAGCCCCCAGAAAGUGACUACAACGGAGUCUACCGGUACGAAAUGGUUGCGAAGAGGAUUUGGUAG